AUGGCAAAUACUAACGUCAGUUUGGGCAGUAACUAUCUUGCUUUAGGAAGAAAUAAAGAAGCACGCGACUAUUUCAAAGAAGCUUUAAAACUUAGCACCGCUAUAGGGUACCAGAGCGGAAUAGCGAACAGUUAUGGCAAUUUGGGAAAUAUUAAUAGUAACUUAGGUAAAUAUGAUAAAGCGAUUGAUUAUUCCAAAAAAGCCUUAGACAUAUGCAAUAGUAUUGGUGAUAAAACAGGAAUUGAGAAAAAUAGUAACAAUUUAGGCUGUGUUUACUUUCAUUUGGGUGAAUAUAAUAAAGCUAUUAAGUGUCUCGAAAAAUCUUUUGAAAUAGCAAAAGAAAUGGAUAACAAAUUGAGUGUAGCACGUGCCGCUAACAAUUUGGGUGAAACAUAUGCAAGAUUACGAGAGUACGAAAAAGCCAUCAGUUAUUCAAAAGUUGGCUUAGAAAUUAGCACGGCAAUCAACAACCGGUCAUGUAUGGCAAAUAGCAAUGGCGUUUUAGGUAAUGCAUAUUUCUUUUCCGGAGAAACUGAAAGAGCAAUCGACUAUUAUAAGAAAAAUCUAGAAUUAGAAACGGCAAUGGGUAUUAAAAAGGGAAUAGCUGGGGCUAAUGGCAAUUUGGGCAAUGCAUAUUGUAGUCUUGGGGAAUACGACAAGGCUAUCGAUUAUUACAAAACGAGUUUCGAAAUAAGCAAUUCCAUUGGUAAUCGCUUACAAAUAGCAACGAUCAAUAGCAAUUUGGGAAGUAUAUAUAGAAAAUUAGGUGAAUACGAAAAGGCCAUUGAGCAUUGUAAAACGGGCGUAGAAAUUAGCAUUGGCACUCGCGAUCCCUUUCUGCUAGCAGGCAGUUACCAUAAUCUUGGUAUCGCUUACCAGUGUAAAGGAGAGUAUGAAGUUGCAUCAACAGAGUUAAUGAAAUCAAUUAGCAUGUUCGAUGAACUAUUCCUAGAAAAGGUUCCAGACCAAAACAAACUCGCCUUUACAGGAAAAUACUUCCACGUCCAUAAAAUUUUAAUGACUUGUUUCACUUCUUCGGGCCGCAAAGAAUCCGCAUUAUUAGUGAUCGACCUUGGAAGGUCUAAAGAACUUCAUCUCUCCAUUGAAAGGAAACGGAAUUCAUUUGAUGCAGAUAUGUUCAGCUAUGCACGUUCUAUAUGGAGCAGAAUUGAGAAAAUUGAGGAAAAUCUGGAAAUAGAGCGAAUACAGAACAUUCUUCAGGUGGGAAACGAUGAAACCUCGAUAUUAGUAUUUGCUUUUGACUUGGAAAAUUCACUCAAUGUUUGGGUUUUGAAUAGUGAUGUCAUCUUUAAGUGCUUGAUAUCAGAUGAACGAUUAAGAAAAUUUCCCUUCCUCUUAAAUAGGUUUUACACAAAGAUAGGUGUAACUGUGAAUCGAAAUUCUUCAUUUUUCCAACAGGAUUCACUUUCAAAUGUCGAUAGUUUUGAUAGUCAUUUGAUCUCACCACCAGCAAAGCCAUGUAAAAAAGGAAGGCUUGAAGACUUGUACGAAAAAGAUCCGUUUCCUGAUCAUUUAAGCCAUGAAACUAUUUUGAAAGGACUGUUCGAUCUUCUCAUUCAACCGAUAAGAGAUGCUGUCAAAGGAAAUAAGCUCAUUGUUGUUCCUGACAAGCAAUUGUUUUUUGUGCCAUUUUCGUCCCUGAUUGAUGAAAAUGGGAGGUAUUUAUCUCAGAGUUACAGCAUUCAAGUAACGCCCUCAUUACACACUCUGACGUUUACCAAAAAACAGCACAAAAACUAUGAACUCGGCUUUGCGUUGUUUGUUGGUAAUCCAAAAGUUGGGAAGGUUUCUUUGAAUGGCAAAGAUUUCAUACCUGCUGAACUACCUAAGGCAGCUGAGGAAGUAAACUGUCUUUCAAAGCUCUUUCAAGCUAAACCCUUAGUAGGAAGUGAAGCUAGGAAAAAAGUCGUCCUCAGCCUUUUAGGUGGUGCUACUAUAAUUCAUAUUGCUGCUCAUGGUGAACCGAACAGAGGUGAAAUAAUGCUUGCUCCUGACCUUUCCUUAAAUGAAUCAUUUUCGUCUCCACCAAAUCCAGAUUCCUAUCUCCUCACACAAAACGAUAUUACGGGCAUUGCACUGCAAGCUCAAUUGGUUGUUCUGUGCUGUUGUCACACAGGUCAAGGCGAGAUUUCUUCAGAAGGUGUCAUAGGUAUAGCUCGGUCUUUUCUUGCUGCUGGAGCUCGCUCUGUUCUCGCCACACUCUGGCCCAUUAGUGAUGAUGCAACAAAAGAGUUUAUGGAAGCAUUCUACGGCGAACUGCUUCAGGGAACAUCAGUUUGUGAAGCCUUAAGAAGGGUAAUGAACCUCUUUCAGCAAUACGAAAGAGAAGAUUACCGCUCCUUUUUAAUUUGGGCUCCAUUUACUCUCUAUGGGGAGGAUGUGAUGUUUACAAAAGGCGACAUUAAAAAAAUCAGAGAAAAAUCCGAGUGUGGUUUUGCGUUGUUUGUUGGUAAUCCAACGUCAGACUUGCCUAAAGCCACUGAGGAAGUUAAUUCUCUGUCAAAGCGUUUCAAAGCAAAGGCCUUCGUGGAGGGCGAAGCCAAGAAACAGGUUUUGCUGGGACUUUUGAGCGGGGCAAGUAUUAUCCAUAUUUCUGCACAUAUUGAACCUAAGCAAUGUGCAAUAAUGCUUUCUCCAUGUGGCUCCUCGAAUCAAGGUUCUUUGACUCUUCCUAAGCAGGAUGACUUUUUGACGCAAAGGGAUGUUCAGGGUCUUUCUCUGAAAGCUGGCUUGGUUGUCUUAUGCCUAGGUCACUCUGAGCAAGACGAGAUCUCUCCAGAAGGUGUUGAAACUUUAGCUCAGUCUUUUCUUGAAGCCGGAGCUCGCUCUGUUCUUUCCAUACUAAGGCACAGUGAUGAUGAUGCAACAACGCAGUUCAUAAAAGCAUUUUAUAAUAACUUACUGCAUGAAUCAUCAGUCAGGGAGGCGCUAGAGAAGACAAAGGAACUCUUUGAAAAGCACGAUAAAGAGUCGCAUCGAUCCAUUGUAGGUCGUUCUCCGUUUACAAUCUUCGGAGAAGAUGUGAUGUUUCAAAAACACGACAUCGAAAAGAUAAGAGAGAAAUCUCACAAAAUGUUUUCUGGUUUUGUUGUAUUACCAACUGAUGAGCUUACUGGUUCAGUUCAAAAUUUUAACCUACUAGAUAAACCGUAG